AUGGAGAACAAAUUGAAGUUGGUCGUGGUGGGAGAUACGUUUACUGGUAAAACGAGCCUUCUUGUCGCCUACACGAAGAAACAAUUCCUCGAUAACUACUCGACUACCGUAUUUGAUAAUUGGGCCGUCUCGGUGCUUAUCGAUCACAAAAAUUAUGCGGUCAGCCUAUUUGACACUGCUGGUCAGGGAAGCUACGAAAAAAUCAGAUGCCUCAGUUACCCGCAUGCCAACGUAUUCCUUGUCUGUUUCUCAAUGACCGAUAAGAAAACUUUAGAGUCAUGUAGAACACUCUGGAUACCAGAAAUCAGAAAAUAUGCCGGUGAUAACGUUCCAAUUAUGCUAGUCGGAACGAAAAACGAUCUAGUGGACAAUGCAGAUUUACAUAAUGUUGUGACAGAGGACUAUGCAAAGAAAGUUGCUCAUGAGAUUGGUUGUCACAAGUUUUUCUCCUGCUCAGCACUGACACACAAAGGACUGAAACGUGCCUUUGAUGAAAGUUUUCUGGCGGCAGUAGGUGUGAAAUUCGAAGAGGAACAGCCGAAUCCGUGUUGUAUAAUACUUUGA